AUGGAGAACGGAGGAAAACAAACGUGGAAGAGCUUGGAAGAGCGUAAGAUGGAGAGAGUAGGUAGCCUCCCACGCAUGCGUUUUUAGGGGAGCUCGUUUUUCAUCCUCCCUCCUCCCCACGUGAAAAACGAGUUCCCCUAAAAGCGCCUGCGUGGGAGGCUAGAGAGUAGGAGGAGGAAAAGAGGUUCUUUCGCCCUCUCUCCCUAAACCCACCCCUUCGCCAUUUUAUCUGGCUCACUCUUCUUUGCGUUUUCCCAACUAUCUUAAGGCCUGUUACAGGUUAAGUACGUGCAUUCAUCAUUCCCAACUUUUAAUGGUAUAUAUUCAACUUGAACGUCGAGCACUUUUGGCGCUUUGUUGUUAAUCAGCAGGGACGGAUUUGGUAGUACUAACUUUUCAACUACUUUUAAUUAGACUGCGAAACUGUCAUUUUUUUGUUUUUUAAUUUUAUUUUUUCUUUGUCAGUUUCUAUCGAAUUUUUAGACGUAUUUUUCGUCUCUCCCCCCAGUUUCACUCACUCUCCCCCCCUGCUCCAGGCAAGAGGGUCACGCAACCAUUUGUUUUGCUCCAGACCAUUCCUUCGACUAUUCUUGCGUUCUUGGCCUACGCAAAAAGUAAGGGCUGUUUUGUGGUCUGAGAGACUUUGCACUGAUUGACGUUAGUGUCCCCGGUAUGGAAACUCUAGCUGUAAUACUGAUCGAACUGCAGAUGACAGGUUAAAAGACUGAAAGUUCCUUUCAACAGCGUUUGGAAAGAGAACUUCGUCUUUUCCGCCAAAAAAACUAAAAAUAGGGAAACAAAAUAGAUUAUAAUACCAAUCCUAAGAAGAACCUUGUAAUGAACGAAUGGGAACACCUAAAAAGGAAAGACAGACUUGAGGAACUCUAUCUUUUCCUUUGCGCCUUAUAAAUAAUAAAUAAUAAAUUAUUAUUAUUAUUAUUAUUAUUAUUAUUAUUAUUAUUAUUAUUAUUAUAUUACCUUUGUCUUUGUCACAAAAGCGAAUGAGACUGAGAGCCUUAGUCUACUUUACGUAAGUACCGUGUAGAUCUCCGGAACAAUUGUUUGCAGCCAGCCCUAGUCAAAACCCGAAGAGACUUCGCCUGCCGCUGGUCAAUAGGAAGGCCAUUUUCAAAGAACUGCACUAGACAAACUAUUUUUUGAACAUUUGUCUGGGGUAGAUGAAUGUAGCGAGUUUGCUGUUGGUGUCUCUUAAAAAGUAAUUAGAGAGAUUGCAACCAUCUGCCAUUGCUACGAUCUACUAUGAUAUAUAACGCAUAUUCUGCGAUACUCCGGCCUCUCACCGCUCUUUGACGAAAUGUCCCUAGCGGCAGAUAGCGAUGAGACGAAGCUGUAUCGCAGGCUUUUGGACACAAGGCUUUUCUACUAUUUACACGGGUAAACUGGUCGCUUCACGGUUUGGGCAAUGGUGAACAGAAUUCAGACCGAUGAAUUUUGAUUCCGUUCGGUAAUCGCGUUUACCAUUUGCCUAAGUCAGUUUCGUUUAACGAAAAACGGCCGCGAAAGCCUGACACUAAUAUUCAAAAAAAGUUUUGAAGACAUGAAAUCCCAAUUUCCGCCUGGAAUUUUCCAACCAGGAAAAUAGGAAUGCCUUUUCAGACGUUCCAUUUGUUUCAAGAAUUUUCCACUGAAACGUCGAAAACAACCCGAAACUGAGUUAAUGGUAAGCCUGGCAAUGUAAUGGGUCAUUUAUAGAGCAGUAGCUUCAUGAUUCAUACUCGUUGUCUCCUCUUUGGCAUCCACGUAGCUUUUUUCAGUUUUGAGAGCCCGCAAGGGUAAAAACUUCGAAGAACUAUUGCGCCAAUACUUAGUCGAAAUAUUUAAUUGCUUCAAGGAAAUUAGUUUUUAUAAACUAGAUGGCAUUGUUUGGCGAUGAUUUAAUACGUAAAUAUCCCGCAAUGCAAAAAUUCAUUCAGUAAACGGUUUUAGUUUAGAUUUUUUCUGUUUAUAUACCAUUUUUUGAGGGAAUCGGUAGUCUGAAACUGAACAUGAAAGUGUGUGACGCUAUCCCGGGGACGCUAUAUGUUGUACCUGAAGAAAAUGCUGCAGUCAGUAAGAAUAAUAGGUUUCAAAAGGUUGAGUUUGAUCGUCCGGGUGAACGUUGUCCUGAAUAGGACUGUUGAAUAGGUUUAUUGAAACAGUUUAUUUCGCAUUGGCUUUUAAUCUGCCUUUAAGUAAAUUGUCUAAAGCGUAUCUAUAGGUAACACUGGCGUGACGGGCCGUGACACGCUAUUUUUAACCAUGCAAAUGUCGCGAUUUUUCCCAAAACAAGAAGACGCCCGAAGGCGUUUACGCGGGAUGUGUGGGUUGAAGAAAGAAUUACGGGUAUGUUGGAUGGCAAUGGAAAGUUGAGUAGUGUAUGCAACAAAUGUGUGCAGGAGAGAAAGAGAUGUUCUGUUAAGGACUAAUACACUAGAAGAUGAGUUACACACAAGGGUUCCUUUGCUACUCAAAACAAAAGUUACAUCAAUAUUACAACCAUAUGUGUUAGGAGUAUGGGGUAGUUCACUAAAAUUUGCAUUCCUUUACUAAUAUCCUCAAAAAAUGCACUUCCACAUUCAACAAUAGCACGUAAUGUAUCAUACUUCCAAUAACUACAGAGCUGCAAGGAAGUGCUCUAGGAAAAAUUUCAGGGAGCCCUUUGGGCUCCCCAAGCAUUUUUAGCUGGGGGUUCCCGGGCCUCCAAGUUGGUCGCUCAAAUUAAUAAAUCAAUGAGCUGUUAGUUAAUUAUUAAAAAUUAAACUAAUUAUUUUCUUAACAAGUCAAGCAGAAUUUUGUGAAUAUUUUUUUUCAUGAAAAAUCACAUCUCUUUGACCUCCUGAGCGCGCGAAAAAAAAAACCGCAUGUUGUCAUAUGAAAGUAAGUUUUCGCGCCAUAUGAGAAACAUGGACAACGCCGCCGAACAUUUCAUGUUUUUUAAAUGGAAAAGUAAAUUUGGGGUAAAAAAUAAGGGCACUAUUCUUUUUACUAAUCAUUUUGAUUUAGGUUGAAAAGAAAAUUCGCUUAUUAAGAUUGACUGAGAUCCCGUGGAGCUUUCCAGGAAAACUGUUAUGAUUUCAACGAAACCGCGGCGCUCCCCGGGUAUGUGCCGCUGGCCUCUCAGAGCCCCUACCCCAUUAUAGUCUUUUCUGUGGCCAAUUGUGUAGACCCCAUAUUCGUCACUCUCGGGCAAAUAUGUAAUUUUUGCGAUCCCAACUUAGUCACUUUCUAUUUAUGUAUCUACCUUAUCAAUCCUUUAAAUAGGUCAUCAAAAAAUGAAUUGACCCAUUUUUUUAAUAAAUUGAAUGAAGAACACUUUACUUUUCACCUACAGUACAAAUAUCCUGAUACGUUUGCAAACCGUAAAUAUGAACAGCUCUCUUACCCAAAAAUCCGAAAAUGUGCGACCCCACUCUAGUAACUCUUUUGAUAAUAGUCAAUCUAGUCUUGAAAAUGCGACCCCAUCCAGCGUCACAUCCCCAUUAGCCUCUUUAUAAGGAAGUGCAUCCCCCCGGGCCGCUCCAAAACUAUUUUCUCUUUUGAAUAGAUCAUCUUGUUGUAAAGUCGUCGUUUAAGCGCAAAACGGAAGUAUUUCCUUUCUAUAUUACCGGUGAAAUGUUCAGGACAAAUGUAGAUUCGGUUAGCUUUUGCGUAUUUAUUUUUAGUACGUGAUACGUAAUGGGUUGUCACCACGAAAGACAAUGUCACACGAGACGCUUGUCACACGAAAGGCAAUGCGGGAUUUAUACCCGAUUCUAGAACAAUCACAAUUAUAAUAGUCGUCUCUUUUCUUUUUUAUGCAUCGUAUUUUACUGGAAUAACAAUCUUAGUUAUGUUUUAGCCUCGCAGACACAACAGUAAAAAAAGGUAAAAAUAUUUAAAGAACAUAAAAGACCGACUCUCUUGUUUAUUCAGCGAUUUUUCAAGAUACAAAACUAUUGUUUUGCGUCGCCGAACGUACUUCACGCCUGUCAGAGCAAAAGUAACAAUUUGUUUUGAAAAACUAACUAAUGAACAAUCCUAAUUUGAAUAAAAAAUUUCAAUGUUAUUAUGCGAAAACUGUGCAGCUUGUCACGUUCAUAGUCAAGGAUUAUGUUACAUGUGAAUUCACGUGAAACGACCUUUGAACAUCAACGCGUGCCCGCUGCCCGAUUUAACAACAUUUUCCUAAAGCUUUUUGAUAGACAUGCUACUAAUUGCUACUUACAGGUCGACCUCAAGAGUUUCUUAGCGAGCGGAGCGUUCUUUUUAGGCCGCGAAGCCACCGAGAGAGCUACGAUUUCGCAAGAAAUAAAUUCUAGACAUUCUUAGCUUUUUGACUGUAACUCAACAGAAACAACACCAACACCAGCAAGUCGCACGGCAGGGUCACCUAGACAAUAUUUUCAGUCGCCCGAGGCCAAGUCUUGCGCCGUAUUAAGAGCACGGCCUUGAGUCUUCGUCCUCCUCUACACAGUGAGCUUACUUUUCCCUCCUUUGCUGACGCAGUAUCGUUUUUCGGCUUGUGCAAUCCAGCCUGACUUGCAAGUGCUUCGACGUUGCGGCCAAUAAAAAUCCACACAAUUUUUCGGGACGGGCACGGGAUACGGGAAAGUUAAAAAAAACAAGGCAAUUUUUGACUCCCAAGACGACGAAAGGAAUGCGCUACCGAAUUUUAGACGCUGGCUAACUACGUCAUCCCGCGUAAUUAGGGUUGAACUCGAGGUCUUGCGGGCUGCUUAAAUUCGUUUGCUCAGAGAUUUGUUUCGAUUUUCUAAUAGAUUUGGGCCUAGUAAUGCCGUAGAGAGUUAAUUUGCUAAACUGUAAGUUAUAGCGCGCGGUUAAAAUUUGCAUUAUUUUAUCCCAAUAAUUUUCGACGGUAAAAAUUGCCAAUAGGGCCUAUUUUUAACAAUACCUUUUGGCCACAUAAAUAUUCCCGCUUUCACAAGUGUAUCGUUUCCUAAGGAAGAAAGGGUCAUCGAUGAGCCAAAAAUGAGCGAAGUCAAAUUAUGAACUUGUGCCGACCGUGGGUCGAUAUUUACGGAAAGCCGCUCUUAAUUCUUCAGUCAAUGAGUAAAGAAGCAUAUAUUUUAAAAAAAUUAGUACUUACUGAAAGUUCAUGUUUAUGAAAUAAUUUUCAGCAUGUUCAGAAAUAUGUGGACCUCAUGGUGACUGCAACCGAAAUGUUAGUGCAUUACGUCCAUGCCUUUGCCAUCUCGGUUAUCAGUGGAGCAAUGUUUCUUCAUCGUGUGAAGACACCAGUGAGUGUCUUGUUGGCUCCCAUGAGUGUAUUUCACCAGCCAAAUGCGUGAACACGCCUGGGUCUUACCGUUGCGAAUGUCCUUCCCUUGUUGGAUGGUCCUUUGAUGGCAGAACGUGUAUUGAUACCGAUGAGUGUCAAUACCGAAACGUGUGCGACCCACAGGCUUCAUGCAACAACUACCCUGGAGGAUUUAAUUGCAGUUGUAAUAUAGGAUGGCGGGGACAAGGGGAACAUCCUGUGUGUUCUGACAUUGAUGAGUGCACGGAAGGAAUUGACAGGUAAUGUUGAUUAUUUUGUUAUACUGGGAUUUUCCUCUCGGACUGAGUAAGUGAUCGCUGUCAAAGAGACAAAUUUGUCAAAGAAAAAUUAAACCCACGAUGUUUAAGUAAUCAAAGCCUCCCAUCUCAUUCGCAAAAUGAUCAAAAUGCGACACAACAUGACUUCUUUUACCAUAUCAGCUCACUUUAACUCUCUUGAACGGUUGGUCAGAAGAGAAUCCACGUUAUUCUGGUUAGUUUUCUUUUCGAAUUCAGUUUUGUCGGUUGUAGUUUUUGGGCCUUUGGCUUCUACCUAAAAGUCAAUUCUGUUUGUCUUAUCAAAGGUGUUCUAAUCCGUCGAAAUGUGUCAAUACCCUUGGAAGUUAUAAUUGUGUGUGUAAUCCAGGAUGGGAGAAAGUGUCAGAAUUCCAGUGUUCAGACAUAAACGAGUGCAGUCGUGGAAUCCACAGCUGCGAUCGCAACUCUUAUUGUGUUAACACAGCUGGAAGCUGGAGAUGCAUAUGCAACAGCGGAUGGUACCCAGAUCCAUCAAAUGCUCGUCUACCAACAUGCAGAGACGUGAACGAGUGCGUUGAUAAGCCCAAUGCUUGCCCAGCACAAUCAACUUGUCGAAACUCUGCGGGCUCGUAUCGAUGCAACUGCUUGUCUGGUUGGAGGAAUCGAGGUGCGCACACUUGCGUCGAUAUUGAUGAGUGUUCUCAAGGAUCACACAGGUGCCCAUCCAAUUCGAGGUGUGUCAAUACGCAAGGCUCGUACCGUUGCAGCUGCUUGUCUGGUUGGAGGAAUCAAGGUGUGCACACUUGCGUCGAUAUUAAUGAGUGUUCUCAAGGUUCACACAGGUGCCCAUCCAAUUCGAGGUGUGUCAAUACGCAAGGCUCGUAUCGAUGCAACUGCUUGUCUGGUUGGAGGAAUCAAGGUGUGCACACUUGCGUCGAUAUUAAUGAGUGUUCUAAAGGAUCACACAGGUGCCCAUCCAAUUCGAGGUGUGUCAAUACGCAAGGCUCGUAUCGAUGCAACUGCUUGUCUGGUUGGAGGAAUCAAGGUGUGCACACUUGCAUCGAUAUUGAUGAGUGUUCUCAAGGAUCACACAGGUGCCCAUCCAAUUCGAGGUGUGUCAAUACGCAAGGUUCGUACCGUUGCAGCUGCUUUCCUGGUUGGAGAAACCAGGGUCAUUAUUCUUGUGUUGACAUUAACGAAUGUCUUGAAGGACGUUACAGUUGCCCGUCCAACUCACACUGCGUCAAUACACAGGGAUCAUAUAGAUGUGACUGCAACCGUUGUUACUAUAAAUCUGGAAGUAGCUGUUAUGGUAUGUAUUAG